AUGACACCUGAUACCCUCGACCUCCAUGGCAAAGUUGCCAUCAUCACCGGUUCAGGGAAGGAAACCGGAAUUGGUGCCCGUAUUGCAACCACCCUCGCUCGCAAUGGGGCUCUUGUGGUCAUCAAUCACGUCUCUGAUGCUACUGCAUCGCGAGCGGCCGGUGUGGUCGAGACAAUUCGUGACCUGGGUGGCAAGGCGAUUGUCGUCCAAGCAGAUGUAUCAACAGUGGAAGGCGCAAAGAAACUCAUCGACGAGACUCGGGUGUUUUUGAAAGUCGAUCACAUUGAUAUUCUUGUCAACAAUGCAGCCGGAGGCGCACCCCAUGGAGCCCUCCAAGCGACUCGUGAUUCUCUCGACGCCACCUUCUCCUCCACAGUUUAUGCGCCAAUCUUCCUCCUGCAAGCUGCCGUUCCCUAUAUGCCACGUGGAGGGCGUGUGAUCAACAUCGGAUCAAUUGCGUCGAAGCUGGGAAUGGCCCCAACUGCCAUAUACGCUGCUGCAAAGGCUGCCCAGGAUUCCUUGACAUACUCAUUGGCCAUGGAGCUUGGUCGGGGUAAUGGGAUUACUAUCAACACCGUGUCACCAGGUCCGGUGGAUACCGAAGCCUUGCCUAAGGAGGUUGCUGAUAAAAUCCACGGCAUGCUGGUGCCAAUGACGAGAGCGGAGGGGAGAGUGGGGACGACCGAUGAUAUUGCCGAUGCAGUGCUGCUUCUUGUUUCCGAGAAAAGUAGGUGGAUUACUGGGCAGGUCAUCUCUGUUAGUGGUGGUAUCACUGGUGGUUGA